AUGGAUGGCAAGCAGGACUUGGUGAGUUUAAGGAAUAUAAACCUUCAGGGAUCCAAGAAAUUGAUAGAGUUGCCAGAUUUGUCAACCGCUGAAAGACUUGAAUGGGUUAAUCUUGUCGGGUGUGAAAGUUUAUGCCAUCUUCAUCCAUCCAUUUUAUCUCUUCCGAGAUUGAGGGGAGUAAAUCUUAUGUCUUGCAAAAACCUAGAGAGUUUGGAAGCAGGGAGCCAAUCAAAAUCGAUCUCACAACUAGAUGUUGGGUUUUGCUCUAGUCUCAAGGAAUUUUCAUUCUCUUCAGACAAACUAACUGCUCUAGAUUUAUUGGGCUCACCAGUCGAGAAUUUAGACUUUUCAACUGGGCACAUGGACAAACUUCGGAGGCUCUCUCUUAAUGGUUUCAAACUAAGGAGUCUUCCAAUUAAUGACAUUUGUUGCAUGAGAUCUCUUGAGGAGCUUCAUCUUUGGAGGUACAAGGGAAUGAUCGACAAAUCAAAGCUCCAUAGCUUAUUUGAUGCUUUGCGAUCUCUGAAAUCACUUUCUUUGAGAGAGUCAUUCACAUUAACUGAGCUUCCAAACAAUGUCAAGCAUCUCUCCAGGCUACAGUCUCUUGAUGUAAGCUUUUGCAGGAACCUUCAAUCUUUACCAGAGCUUCCUCCAUCCAUUGAAGAAUUACAUGCCUACGGCUGCACAUCAUUAAAGACGCUGCAAUUCACUUCUCAUAUUGAAUCUCCAUCAUUGGCAGAUGAAAUAAUGUUGGGUUCAACGCUCCGUUCCUCGGUUAGUUCCUCGGUCAGUUAUCUCCAAAAUCAUCGAAAGCUUAGUCUUGGUGGUUGUGAACAGUUGUAUGAACUCCCUAAAAGCAUCGGCUCCUUAUCUUCAUUGUCUUCACUGGAUCUGAGUGGUUGUGAACAGUUGUAUGAACUUCCUGAAAGCAUCGGCUCCUUAUCUUCAUUGUCUUCACUGGAUUUGAGUGGUUGUGAACAGUUUAUCAAGUAUCUUUCAAAUCUGGAAGAAAUAGAAUUGACCAAUUGUACAAGACUUCAUUCUCUGCCAGAACUGCCGCCAUCCAUCAAAACCGUCUUCGCUCAUGGCUGCAUAUCAUUGGAGAUUGUACACAUUUCAAUACCUUUUGCACCACAAUUGGAGUCCCUAUUUCUGAGAGAUUGCUUGAAAUUGGAGAACUGCUUUCUAUCUCAUGUUACGGAAAGUGCUUAUUUCUCAUUGAAGCGAUUGGCGUACACAGAACGAAGAGGUAGUGUCUGUUAUCCUGGAAGAAAAGUUCCAGGGUGGUUUGAAUCUAAUCACAGAACAGAGGCUUCUUACUAUAUAACUAUUGAGUCUCCUUCAACCACAAACGACCUAAUUGGCUUCCUUUUUUGCGCUAUUCUUUCUCAGCAUCCCUCUCGCGCUGACUUGCCAUGCAAACUUUAUUAUGAUGGUAAGCAGUGCAAUUGCUCUCAGUUUCAAUUUAAUACGAAUGAAAAUUCGGAAUCACAUAAUGUUUUUUUGUGGUGUGAUCCUGACCUAUUCAUAAACUUCCACAAAGCAACGGACAACCAAAACACCAAUUACAGGCCAAAGGUGUCAUUUGAAUUCUCUGUUGCCAAAUUUGGAGAGAAGCUCGCUGAUUGUGUGAUUGAAGCAUGUGGAGUCUGCCCAAUAUAUGCCUCGAAAUAUCACGACUUCAUUCAACAGAUGGGACGGGAGCCAAACUUGGGUACCCAAAAAGAGUCCUGUCAUUAUGCUGAUGAGAAUUCGUUUCAUGAAAUACUACAAUAUGUUAGAUUCUCAUUGAAGCAAGAAAAAUGUGGCAAUUUUGAAGGAAGUACUAUUCCAGAGUGGUUUACUUACAAAAGUUCAAUAAUAGGGUAUAAAGGUAUACAAGUGAGUGUUCAGCUUGCUCCAGAUUUUGAAAACUUAAUAGGUUUCAUUUUCUGCUUUGUCAUACCUCAUUUCUCCUCAAAAGAAAGGGAUCAAUGCCACUCAUCAUGUCACUGCGAACGGCAUAGGGAAAAUGUUAUCGUUCCUUUGGAAGGUCUAACAGGAUGGCACUAUUCAAUGGAAAAAUUGAAUUCAGAUGAUAAUGUGUUUCUAUGGUACGAUCCCCUAUACUGUGAACGCAUACUACAUGAAGCAAGGGAAAAGGUUAUAAUGAGGAGCUUGAAUUUAAAUUUGAGUUCGGUGAUGGCGAGAUCGAUGGAGGAUGUGUCUAUAUUCGUGAUUGCUUGA